AUGCGAAUCGGCGUUGGGCCCCGACCUUUUUGUCCGUUCGACCUGUCCUUGAAGAUGGAAGGCUGGCGCCUCUCGCUGGCGCUCGCGACGGUGGUCGCGGCCUGCCUGGCGAGCGCCCGCGCCCAGGACACCUGCCAGGCGACGUACACCGUGACUCCCGGCGACACCAGCCUGUACGACAUCGGCGCCAAGCUGGGCGUGGACUACAACCUCAUCCACAAGGCCAACGUCAUCCAGAUCGCCGACCCGAACAAGGUCUACCAGGGGCAGGUCUUCAACAUCCCGCCCUGCACCGGACCCCUGCGCGACCCCGUGUACCCCGAGUUCCCCUGGCUGGUGCCGCAGUCGCCGAGCCCUUACUACAUCGCCCAGCCUCCGCAUUCCGGCGGCACCCCCGUGCCUACCCCCACCACACCGGCGCCACUCCCCCCUCCGCCCGCGCCAACGGGCGGUGGCAGCACCGGCAACUGCGAGUUCAACCCCAACCUGCCAUUCAAGCCUCCGCAGGUUCUCGACGGCAACGGCGAGCCCACGUACAUCGGGCCCGAGGACACUUCCCUGGGCUACACCUGCGAGACCGCGCCCUACGUGGGCGACGCGACGUACUACCACCAGAACGGCGGCUACACGGCGUGCGGCAACAACGACCUGAACGACCAGGACAUGAUCGCCGCCAUCAGCUGGCAGAUCUACGACCGGACGGACGACGGCGGGAACCCCAAUGCCUCCAAGUCGUGCCAGAGGUGCGCCAAGGUGUACGGGCCGUUGGACCCGAUCAUCGUGCGGAUCAAGGACAAGUGCGGCGGCUGCAAGCCUGGGGACAUCGACCUUUCGCCGCGGGCGUUCAACAUCCUGAUGGGCGGCCCGGAGGUGGGCAGGCAGCCGGGGGUCAAGUGGCACUACGUCGAUUGCGCCGAGGGCGGAUUCUGA